GCCAAGAGUGCCACGAUGGACGAAGAGUCAUACCGUUACGUCGAAGGCAUGUGGAUGCACAAGCUCUUCAAGGAUGAAGCUGUCCUCUCCGCAGUCAACUACAAACCGCGACAGGGAGACAUCUUUGUCGCUACGUACCCUAAAUGCGGUACAAAUUGGACGCAGUUUAUUGUUUACAAUAUUUUGACUCGUGCGGCACCGGUCACCAACAUGGGCGAAUUCAGACUGAUGAGCCCGUUCAUCGAUAUGACUGGAGCCGGUUCUGCGGAGAACCCGUUGAGAAAUGGUCCCAUUAUAACACACUUUCCGUUAAGCGUUUUACGUCCAGCAAACUGUGCCAAGUACAUCUACGUGGCAAGGAACCCAUAUGACUGUGCCGUGUCCUUCUACCACUUCUUGAAGGGACUGACUCCGAAAAGUGUCACCGAUGUUUCCUUUGAGAAGUUCCUCAACCUCUACUUGGGAGGAAAGGUCCUCUACGGCGACUACUUCGAUCACCUUCUACCAUGGUAUGAGCAUCGAGGAGCCCAAAAUAUCCUUUUCAUCACAUAUGAACAACUGAAGGCGGACACAAGGUCGCAAGUGCUGAAGAUCGCUGACUUUCUUGGCAAUGAACACGGAAAAGCGUUGCGUGAAGACGAGGACCUUCUUCAGAGCGUCCUCCAUGCUUGCAGUAUGGAAAGCAUGAAGCCCAUCUUCGAUUUAAAGGCAAUGGAUAUGGCAAAGUUGAUGCUUAAAGCUACACCGGCGAAGUCCGAGAUGUUUGCAGUGGUAAAGGACUUGGCGGAGCUAAAGGUCGAAAUGCAUCAAGGCUCCAGCUUUGUUCGGAAGGGAAUCGUCGGCGACUGGCGAAAUUAUUUUACUGCCGAGCAGGUACAGCGAACGAAAGAAUGGAUUGCAAAAAAGGCCCAGGGUAGCGGAGUCAUGGCACUCUGGAACGACUGUGAACUUCCGUAG